AAUCCUCUUCUUCUUUUCUUCUCCAUUUCCGUACCUUCAUCUUCGUACAUCCUCCACAAUGGCCUGCGAGAGCUGCCGGUCCCAGGCCCGGACGCUCCUCCGAGCCGCAUCCCGCACCUCCAUAUCACGACCCUCUCGAACCGCCAAAACAGCCGCCCUCGUCGUUCCCCUCCUCCACGCACAUGCGCCUGCCGUCCGGACGCCCUCGUCAUCACGCAGCUUUGGCAGCACAAGCUCGAGAAGGAUCCUGGGAGGCCUUGGAAGUUCCAUUGGGGAGUCGUACCGCGUGCUGGGCGCUUCCGAGAGGAUAUUCAAGGCGGCCUCCAAGGCGGCCGACUAUCGCAUCACGGAGGAGGAGCGCAAGAAUGACCAGGUCGAGAGGUUAGACGACGGCGAGGAGAUUGGCAAGUCUCUGGAACAAGGCAACAUCUGGCACAACGCCUUCAAGCUCCCGCCAACAUUCAGCACCUGGUCGCACGUCACCAUGCUGCACCUCUACCUCGUCAACGCCCGCAUACGCUGCCUCGAGCGCGACGCCUACCGCAACUGGCAGCAGCAGCUCAUCGACCACUUCUUCUUCGAGUGCGAGAAGAAGAUGCACAUUGACCACAACAUCACCUCGAGCGCCCUGCGCCAGCGCUACCUCAAGGACAUCUUCGUCCAGUGGCGCGGCCUGCUGCUGGCCUACGACGAGGGGCUCAUCAAGGGCGACGCCGUCCUGGCCAGCGCCGUCUGGAGGAACCUGUUCAAGGGCGACCCCGAGGUCGACCCGCGCGCGCUCGUCGCCAUUGUCGGCUGGAUGCGCUCCGGGCUCGCCGCGCUCGAGGGCGCGUCCGACAUGGCCAUGCCCAACAGGGCGCUCGAGGUGCUGGCGAGGCCGGUGGAUGUGUUUUGGACGAGGCUGGAGGAGCCGUUCAAGAAGGAGGACGGCAAGGCUGGUGCUGCUGCUGCUGCUACUGCUGUGCAGGAGGACAAGGCGACGAACGGCGCGAAGCCCGCUGCCAAGACGGCUCAGGCUGCUUGGCGGGAUGGGGAUGAUAUGCAGUGAAGGCCAACAAAGAGUAAAUCUUAAAUGGCGACCUAUGGCUGCUGUACAAACCGUGUAAAGUGUUCUGGGGGGAGGUGGAAACAUGGUAUUGGGUGGGACAUGAGAGGAAACAAAAAGAGGCGUUGGAUGGAUUCCAUUACAUGUAGCAACGCAGUGUAUGUGUACGAGGGAG